AUGGAAGUAGGGUUCCCCGAUGAUAAACCGGGUGGUUUGAAUUUGUCCAAUCAAUCUCCUGUUUUAAAUCAUCCACUGGUUGUUUUCAGUGACGGUGGUUGCCGAGCUUACAUUCGACCACAAGGAGCUCCGGAGAACGAGAAACCGGAACUUUUAUGGCUAAACCUGAAAGAUUUCUUCAUGCUCAAAAAAGUGACCAAACAGUUGUUACUACACUAUGAUCAGCAGUUGGUGGCUUACGACAAUCCGGAAUACGAGAUCACAUUUCCCGGCUGGGGUGACACAGAGACGGUUAGCACAUUGGACCCUAGUGAGACAAUAUUCGGAAAAUAUUUUGACGACAUGGUUGAUGAUUUGAAAAAAGAUUCGUUCUUUGUAUCGAACAAGACUAUUCGUGGAGCUCCGUAUGACUUCAGAAGAGCACCUUACGACAAUGAGGCAUUCUUUGAUCGACUGAAACAACUGAUUGAAGAAACAUACCACAUCAACGGGAAGCGAAGAGUAAUACUUGUUGGCCACAGUAUGGGCUGUCUAUAUUCAGUCUUGUUCCUAAAGAAACAGACUGUGGAAUGGCAGAAACAGUAUGUGAAAGCGUUCGUAUCGAUUGCCGGUCCUUACGGUGACAAUUUCAAUGCUUUCUUCCGGAGACCUCUCGUUUUUCGUGAGUUGGAGCGAAGCUUCUCCUCUAUGUACUUGAUGCUACCGGAUCCCCGGUUGUGGUCGGAGAAUGAGACACUGGUUUUCACUCCGAAAAGAAACUACACAUCACGAGAUUACCAAAGUUUCUUUGACGAUAUCGGCUUUCCAUUUGGUUAUCAGCUGAUGAAACGGGCAGUUGAAGGAAUCGACUUUUUCCAGGGUCCGACCGGUGUGGAAGAGAUCUAUUGUGUGUACGGAACGUCUGUAUCAACUGGAGAACAACUGCUCUAUCGAGCACCCGGUUUAUUACGCCCUGCUUUCCCCGAUCAGGUUCCAAUAGAGAUAUUCGGCGACGGAGACGGAACGGUGAAUUUGCGAAGUGCUGAAAUUUGCCGCCAUUGGUCGAAUGUGAAGUUGAUAAAAAUUCCCAAUUCUGACCACCAAUACAUCUUGCACGAUCCGCGAACGUUGAAGUUGAUGCGGGAAGUGACGGGUUUCAACCCCACAAACAACCGCCAGUGA